AUGCAUCGCAAUCUCUUCUUCGGCUUCACUGCCUUCAUAAUUGGAAAUGCUGUAGCAGCUCCAAGAAGUUCAGAUGAGCAGGUUGGUGCCCACAUAGUCAUAGGCCGAGACUCCCGACCGGACCUACAAUCCGGCGAAUGGGUCCGUCCAAUCACCGCCCGGAGCCGAUCCGGAUUUCACUUCAACGGCACCUCCAACGGAACGGUAUCUGUUGGGACGGCUACUGCAGGGACCGCCAGCAACACCUACUACACGCCACCGUACAACACUUCAUCUACCGCAUCGUCAUCAUUCCACGCUUCGGCAUGCCCGCAGAGUGUCACCACAUCCUUCACGACGGUAGACGUGACUUUCUACAUUACGGCGACGACUUCGUAUGGCGCCAACUUGACCUCGUCGAGAGGCACUGGCACGGCCUACUUGCCAUCGUCUUCAUCUUUGCUCCCAGUCAACUCUACCAGUUCGACGGCAGUAUGGAAUACUACCUCUUCGACUUCAAUGCUCCUCUCAACCGGCUACACAUUACCCGUCAACUCAACAGCUGUUUCCUCUGUGGCACCUUCGGAGUCUCCCUGCCCUGACGACACUGCUAGCACUCAACAGCUGUAUCCCAAUAUCACGUCGACUUACUCUACCUCUUCCUUGACAACGGGAGGUUCGGAUGGAAACCCGUCCUCCUUACCCGUCUGGAACAACACCACAUCUGCGACCCCCUCCCAGAUAACCGAGCCUUGUGACGAUGAUAUGAGCUCGACCUCCGCCAACUCGACGUCAACAGCUUUCAGCAGCCAGUUGAACUCGACAGUGCCCUUGUCCACCAAGACUACAUCGAGCGCGGCCGAGGAGACGCCUUGCGAUGAUGAAACCAGCACCGGAAGCGCCGCUCCCACUUUCACUUCUCGCAUGCCCCUCGCCAACUCAACUACGACAUACAAGCUCUCUACAACGACUCAGAAUGGAAUCUACAGCCAGUCAGUCUCCACUGUCUUGUCCUCUCUCACCUCCACCGAGACCAGCGCUACGACGGAGCCUUGCGAUGACGAAGACACCGCUUCCGCAACACCCACUGCCAGCGCCUCGACGUAUAGCUCUAUCGUCUCAAACUUGACAGCCUCGGCAGUUCUGACAUCUUCCUGGACAACGCAUUCGCCGGAGGUGACACCGUUCCUACCCGACACCAGCAGCGUCGCAACUUCUACUACCCAGGCGACGACGGCGUUUUCCUCCGUCAUAACCACGGAAAGCUGCGUCAUCGACACCUCCAUGGCACCCAUUACCACGGCCUCGCUGACCACGGUCCCGACCUCGACCACCAUCCCGACGAAGACGGUCUGCCAGAAUGACGCCCCGACGGGCAAGCCAAUGCCGGGAAACAACCACUGCGGCGUUCACGGCUUGCCGGUAGGCAACUACUUUUUGGCUCGUUUCGUCAACAACGCUCCUAAUGUGCCUGUGACCCUCGAGGGUUGCUACCAGUUCUGUGCCAGCGUCAUGAACACCACGGACGGCUGCAAGUCCUAUCGCUUCUAUCCCGAGAAGGGUCUCAACGUCCCGCGGUGCGACUUGUACGGCAGCACCGUCGCUUACGCGCUGGACUCCAUCGAUAACGACCACCCUGAUCUGUGGUUUGACCUCACUUGUGGCUCGCCCUCCAGCGAGAAGUGGGCGCAUCUUCCGGGUAUUGAACGUCUUCAUGAGCUCGGCUUGGCGAGGUAG